AUGUCUCCGGAGUCAAUUGAACGACGCAAGACGGAACUGAAGAGAGAUUACAGUAGAGGAGGAUGUAGAGAGUGCAAAAGAAGAAAAAUCAAGUGCGACGAAACAAAACCUCAUUGCGUACAAUGUACUCGGCUUAAAAAGAAAUGUUCGUAUCCGAGUGUAGGGGAAAAGGUUCUCAGAGUGUCCAAGAAGUUCCUCGAGAAAAAUCCAUCUCCCACCACCCAGAACUCAUCAAAGCCUCUUACCAUACAACUAUACAGAGGUCCCAAUGAUUUCAGUAAGAGGAAGAACAAAGUCGCUAAGUCCGAAAAAAGAACAAGCAAUGAAAUGUCGGCAUCAUCUUCUCUGCUGGAAUUACUUUCAAAGGAAAUCGUUCUGGAAGCAAAGGAUGGAGAUUCUUCCUUGAAAACGCCAUCUUCCAUUAGCAAUCUUCUCAACUCUUCGAAUGAACAAGAGUUUGCAAUACCACAAAGUGAAACAGGAACAAUAGAGGAGACUACUCCUGGAGGAUAUGACCAAAGUUCAAUACAAAUGUCAACUACACCCUCAUCGCUUAUAUUGGGAGACAUGUAUAGCCAUGAAGAUUUGAACUUGUUGGCUUCGGACUUAAACGAUAUCGUCAAUGACAUCAUGUUUAACGGAAAAUUCGACACAGCAGUAACAGACAAUGACCCCCUAAAUCCAUUGCUAGGCUUUUCUAAAGAAUCUCCCAAUAGUCAGACUAUGCCAUAUAACGACGUCAUACCCAAGCAUGUUCCUCUAGAUUACAUACAAGUGAGAACAACAGAUGAACGAGUAUAUUUAAAGGAGUUUUACGAGGAGUUUGCAAUGCAAGUUCUUCCUUUCGGAGCAUACGAUCCUUAUAGCAAAACGUAUGCAAAUCCAUUGCGAGAUGUCAUUCUAAAGUAUGCAGCCAAGGAGUCGUUUCUACUAGCUGCUAUAUUAGCACAAGGAGCGCAAUCCUCGCAUCGUAAGAGUUUACUUCAAAAAGAUCAGGAUGCCUACGGAUCGUACUUGUCCACAUGCUUGCAAUUACUAGGACCUGCUUUAAGCAGAAAUAGAGAUAAAAAUGUGAGAAAUGAUUUGGUUUCCAACAUCGAGACUAUCCUUCUUACUGUAUUAUUAUUGACAUCGUCCAAUGCUACUACCACUUCUCAGGGAUGGAGACCACAUUUGAAGGGAGCAAAAGAUAUAGUCUUGAAGGCUACCAACAGCAAGAUACGUCUGUCAAAGACAUUAAUCCUCUGUAAAGUAUGGUUUGCCGAUUUUGAAAUCUUGGCAGGAACUAGUUCUAGUCUCGGAGGAACAUUAAAAACAGACGAUGAACUUGAAUCUGUACUUAAUUUCAGUGAUCCCUAUGAACUUUCAGUGUUGAAAGAAUUCGGAAUAGUGCAAGACAACGGUUUCAACAUCAUGUUCGGCUAUAAUACUCCUUGUGUUCAUUUGUUCAGAGACUUACUUAAGAUUUUGAACAAAAAGAGGCAAGAGGGAACUGCAUUCAAACCAGAUGAUGCAGCAGAAUAUGUCAGAUUGAUAUCUGGUUUCUACAAUGAAAUGAGUAUCAAGUAUAUCGAUUCAAAGCUGGUUGUUAUGGACGAUGCUUCGGGAAACUUUGCUGAUCUCAUAGACAUAGUUCGUACAGACAAGGGAAACAUAGCUCUUAGCUGGAUGGAUACAUCGCAACAGGCGUAUUCGUUGGCAGCAUUGAUAACGAUUUUCACGCAAAUCUUGAACCUGCCCUACCAGUCACCAUUUAUUCAGAACUUGAACAGCAGAUUAGUGUCCUGUAUUUCAUUCUUGGACGGAUGUAAUAGGGUACCGCAACAAGUGAUCAAAUACUCCCUUCUGAUGAUUCAAUGGCCCAUGACAGCAGCAGGAAUCAAUUGCAUUGAUCAUGAAGAGAGAUUUCUACUCAAGAAAUUCUUCACUUUCUCAGCUGAAUUAGGCUCGGGAAGUGCUGAGAUUGCCUUGAAACGAAUCCAGAAAGUAUGGGCACGUCUUGACAAUGGAAAGGAGUACGAAAGUGAAGAAGGGGAAAACAAUCUAGACAUCGUGGCAUAUUAG